AUGCCAUUCUUCGGAGGCGGCCGCCGCGAACCCUCUCCCGAGCCAGUUCGGGAGCUGACCCCACCACCCUCAGAGCCCCGCCGCACCGGCUUCUUCGGCUCCCGCAGAGACCCCUCCCCGGAGCCAGUCCACCACCAGCCCGUUGCCGAGCCCCCCCGCAAGCACGGCCUCUUCGGCUCUUCGCGCCGUGACCCCUCUCCCACGCCGACAGCCCGCACAUCCCGCACCUCCGCGACCUCCCACUCCUCUCUGUCCUCGACAACCUACCACACUUCUCCCGACGGCCACCAUACCGGCGGAGGCGGCCUCUUCCGUCGCUCCACGGACGCGUCGUCCGGUCGGAAGGGCGGUCUUUUACACAAAUUUGGUGGUGGGGGCGUAGAGAUGGACCCUAGCAUCGUGCAGGCGCGCGAGCGCGUCAUGGGCGCCGAGGCAGCUGAGAAGGAGGCCGACCGCGCGCUCAUGGCUGCGAGGGAGAUGGUUGCCGCAGCGAGAGCCGAUGUGCGGAGGCUCGAGGAGGAGGCCAAGGAGGAGGCUAGAAGGGCCAAAAUUAAGCAGUACCACGCUCGCGAGGUUUCCAAGCGUGGCAAGGCCUUGGGCCGUCACGGAGACUAA